AUGUUUCGACAUCGAUCGCACAACAGGCAUUCCAGCCAUCUGCAAAGGAGCACUCCAGACCUCACAGCAGACCCAAAGUCUGAUUCUAAGUCCCCUCGCAGCAAUUGGAGGACGUCUAGUGCCAACAUACCCCACAGAAGAGGCGCUGCUUCCCCGUCAUCAGACUCUGCAGUCAGAAGCUAUGCUACUGACACGUCUUCCUCAUCAGGUGAUUGCAGUUUGAGCAGUCCAGCUCGUAGACCUCAAGCUGCAAGUCCGCAUCACAACAGAUCGUUGUCUUUCAGAAAUAUGAAGAGGCCCACUCCACACCAAAUGCAGUGUGAAGAACUGGGAGUUACAGUGACUGCUACAGGAUUUCGUCCCAGGGGAUCCACCAUGCCAUCAGAUAGUGCCAGCUACUACUUAGCUCGUCGCAGAAUGAGGUCUAAAGUAAUCUACAACAGCAGUAACCUUACUACUCCAAGUCCACCUAUUCAUGAACCAGGGGACGAAGAGGAUGACGAAUACUACUUGUUACGAAGCUUCAGCAUCAAUGCUAAAGGAGCCAUCGUCAACCGAGGAGAUUUCAUUCGUCAAAGGUCCAGAAGUAAUAACAGCGUGGCCUCUACAGGUUCCAGCAUGACAGCGGGUAACAACACCUCAUGUGCUUCAAACGCAACAUCCUACUCAUCCGGAGGACAGGGAAGAGGACCUUCAUCCAAAGUCCAGAUCCUUGGUUCCAAUGGUGUUGGGAAGAGUGCCCUCAUUGACCAAUUUAUGAACUCAGAAUACAUGAAUGCUUAUGAAACGCACGAUGAAGAUUUAGAGAAAUGUGUAUCAGUUCUCUUGGAUGAUGAAGAUUUAGAGAAAUGUGUAUCAGUUCUCUUGGAUGGUAUUGAAUAUGAGCUUAUAUUUUUUGAUGAUCCGUUGCCUCUGGAUAACAUGGUACUGGAAGCGAUGACAGAAGAGGCUGAUGCCUAUAUUGUUGCCUACUCCGUAACUGACAGGGCGAGUUUCGAGAAAGCUGUCGAUAUCCUUUUCAGCCUUCGAGAAAGAGGGUUGACCUAUAGUAAGGCCGUCAUUUUAGUGGGAAAUAAAUCUGAUUUAGCCAGGACAAGGGAAAUAGCUGUUGAAGAGGGGAAAUCUAUAGCUUGCUCUUACGAAUGCAAAUUCAUUGAAACUUCAGCUGCUAUCAACCACAAUGUUGAUGAACUUUUGGUUGGCAUGGUAAGCCAAAUUCGAUUGAAGAGUCACCAAAAAGAAGAAGCAAGUGCACGCCAAUUUAAAGCAUCUCCGCCAACAUCAUCGCCGUUCAAGAAAGGCGUUGGCAGCGUAAAAGGGUCGUUACGUUCCAGUUUGAGAAAAAGAGGCAUUAUCAACAGGUUGUUAGGGAAAAGUGGGAGAUCGAAAUCAUGCGAUAACCUUCAUGUUCUAUAAAGAUAUACUUUCUUACAAAGAAGGUACUCAAAGAUGUCACUUGCCAAUCAUGCAGGAUUUUUUUUUCUGAACUUGAUUGCUAAAUUA